UUCUGUAAACUAACUUAUUUAUCUAACUUUAUUAAUCGAGUAGACAUGGGAAACCCGGAUAGCUUACUACCUAAUUUAGAAUCUUUACACGUUUGUCGUAUAUGUCUAAGAAAAGGACAUCAUACGCUGAAUCUGUUUUCUGAAAACGAAGAAGCAAUAAGGAUACUAAAUAAAAUAUUGGAUUGUUUUCAAAUAAAACUUGAGUUCAAAAAACAAUUGCCGUCAUUAAUCUGCAAUAAAUGUAUAGAAGACGUUACUAUCGCUUGGAAAUUCCGAGAGAAAUGCAUUAAUUUUGAAGAACAGUUUGCCCUUUACAGAAAGAAGAUUUUAGAAACUAAUGUAACUUUGUUACACUGUGAAGAUGUAAAUGAUUAUCAUGAACUCGUUGUAGUAAAAGAAGAAUUUCGACCAAACGAAGAUAAUGUAAAUUUAACUAAUCACAUCACAGUUACAGAGACGAUCUUGCCGAGAACUAUAGAAAAUAAGUUGAGAUGUUCUUAUUGUAACAAAACCCUUAAAAGUGAAGCUUCAUUACAAAAGCACAAAGUGUCAAUGCAUCAAAAAAGGAAACAUCUGGGUAAUGUGACUGGUUUUGGGUCUAACCGACGUUAUCAUUGUACGAAAUGUUCCUAUGCUACCCCACACAGUCAGACAUUGAAUAAUCACAUGAGAACACAUAAUGGGGAGAGACCUUAUAAUUGUGAAUGUGGAAAAACUUUCACACAAUCAUCCAGUCUAGCUGCACAUAAAAAGACUCAUAGCACUAUCACUUUCUACACAUGCUCUGUAUGUGGAAAGCAAUUUAAACAUGCAUUCAGUUUGAAGACACAUUUGUAUGUUCAUGAGAUUGCCCAAUUCUCAUGUGAUAUCUGCAAUAAAACGCUUAAAUCUAAACAAUCAUUACAAGCGCACAUGCAAAGACAUUACAACAUUCACAAUUACAGCUGUGAGGACUGUGGCAGUACAUUUGUGACAUGUUCAGAAUUAUCAAACCAUAAGAAAAAGCAUAAUAUUGAGAAGAAUGUAGAAUGUCAUCUUUGUGGUUACAAAACACAUGCAAAGAAAAACUUGGUUAUUCAUCUCAAAAGACAUGCUGGUGAAAAAUCAUAUAAAUGUGAGCUGUGCACUUUAUCAUUUUAUACAAAUGGUGAUCUUCAAAGGCACAAACGAGUUCAUACUCGGGAUAAACCAUUCAUAUGCCCAACUUGCAGCCAACGUUUCACACACAGCACAAGUUUGAAUAAACACAUGCGCAGUGUUCAUGGAAUUAAUUACAAAUGGUCGGAUGUUAAAUGGAAGGAAUCAAGAAAAAUUAAAGUUGUUGCUGAAAAGAGUUAUGAAGCUAAGGUUAAAUAAAACAAAUGAUAAAUA